UGAUUGUAGCUUUGUUGAUUGUUUACAAGUCACAAUGGGGAGACUGGAAGACCCAGUCAGGACUGAACACUUCAUCACCGAAAGAAUGAACAAAAAGAAUAUGUACAAUGUGUGCAUUGCAAUGUGACGCUAACCUUCUCCAAUGUGCAUCAGCUAAGAGUGCACCUCGCUGGCGAGAGUUAUUCCUCAAGCAAAGGUAUCAAGACGGGUAUGAAGAAAAUCAUCGCAGAAAAGGCGGCAGCGAGGUUCGCCGAACAGGAGAAGUCGGCGCUUCUGAAAAGGAAGCAGUCCACCUUAGAUGGAGGUGGCUCAGGAAGUUUUCAGUCGCAGGCUAUAGCAGAAGCAAAUGAUGCUCUGUCUGCUUUGGUCUAUGCUGGUAUAAUUGACGCCAAUGCACUACGUUUAGACCUCUUCAAGAGAGCGAUUAUUGCGACAUCCAGAGUUGGCCCUAACUAUCGGAUCCCAUCCCCCAAUUUAGUACUGGGAACACGUCUGGUGAAUACUAUUGUCAGAAUUCGAUCUUCCGUGUAUACAAUGAUCGAUAAAGUAAUAAAGGCGAUACUAAUGCCUUAGAAUAAAUAAACGCGUAGGUAAAUUCUAAGUAUCGUGUAAAUAUCGAUAUAAAUAAACGAAAUGAGACGUUUAAUAAAGUUAGGUUUGCCUCGUGAAAACAGC